UUCUCGACUCAACAUCACCUCUGAAGUUUCCUUAUUCUUACGUAGGAAGCUCACCUUGAAGCCGCCCCAACAGCCAUGGUCGCAAACAACUUAUAUCUACACCACCAAACUUCACUCAAAUCGUCAACAUGAUAACCAAUAGUAAGUACUACAGCUAUCCGUACUCCUCCCUGAUCAACAUGUCAAGCGGUACUAGCAACAACAACAAUCUCGUACCAAUGUAUCAGUCUCCUGAGAAUGACUUCGCCGACACCCAAUCCAGCUUCGAUCCCUUUCCUGAUCUGUCCGUGUUCGAUGAGUGGCAGCUCGAUGAAGAUAGCGAACAUCCGGUGUUGAUGCCGCAUGAUUCGGGUUCUAUGCCGCACCCCACUUAUCAUGCUAGUGAAGUUCAUGAUGAGUCCGGUGGGCAUAGCAGCCAAUUUGGAGGACAUGCUGGCAGAGGAGAGAAUGAAAGUGGACGGGAAAGGAGGGAUACUAAAGAAAGGGUGGCGUUCAAGACACAAUCGGAGGCUGAAAUACUUGAUGACGGCUUCAAAUGGAGGAAGUACGGCAAGAAGAUGGUCAAGAACAGCCCAAAUCCAAGGAACUAUUACAGGUGUUCAGUUGAAGGCUGCCCAGUGAAGAAGAGAGUUGAAAGAGACAGAGAGGAUCCGAGGUAUGUGAUUACAACCUACGAGGGCGUCCACAACCACCAGAGCUCUUUCUAGUUCUUGAAGUUUUAUAUUUUUUAGGUGCUGAUUACAUGGUUCACAACUCAAACUUGGGAACAUGAUGUUUUAAUUAUCUUUGAGGUGUAAAGCUCCCAUCACUGCCCUUGUUUACACGUUGUAAUAGAUGACAACAGGUUGGGGUUUAUACAUGACGUUAACCAUCAUGUAUUUUCUUUUGCUGAUCUUGUACAAAGCUGCAGAAGAUCUCUUUACCUGUUAAAUAGUUGUGAAAUCUGAUCAGACUUCAGAGUUUUCACAAUAAUUGCCAAUCAUAUUUUGGCAUUGUGAUCUUUUUCCCUUAGAGGAGCGUCGUAUCAGUCACUGAAAGCCUGCUGUUUCAUAUAUUUAAAUUCAAAUUAUU